AGUGCGUUGAUCACCACAUAUUGUUUGUUAUUGCUCUUCGCCAUUCUCCUUGAAUUGUGGUUUGAGGCGCCUUCACAUCUGCGUUCCUAUCCACAGUUGUGUACCCUUUUUGUUAUUGUUCUAGUACUCCCUUGUUUGCACAUAGAAAAGGCGCAAGAUGAACCGUGCAAGCGGUGCCAUGGUGGCGGCGAACCUGUUCCAGUCCGCCGUCUCUACUGGAUCGCAGCGGGCGUCCUUGCAGUACAUCUUUCACCGCAUCCGCCUCAACCUCGUCCCGUUUAAUGCGCAGGACGUCUAUCAAAUCUGUCUCGUUGCCUACAACAGCGACACCAUCGACCUCAUGGCAGACGCCGAGGUAAUGCGGGGCGUCGCCGACUCCUUCAACCGCGCCGAUCAAAGUGUGCUGACGCCGUUUCAGGCGAGCCUGGUCGUGGACACGCUGCGCAAGGCAGGAAUCAACGCAUCUUCAAAGGAAGUGAUGGUGCCAGAGGAAGACGCCGUGUCGCCUGAGACGUUGCUGGAUGUGCUGCGCGCCAUGAAUGUCCACGGUGGCACCCGGGAUGAGAAGAAAAUAGCGGCCGUGCUGGAGAAAGUGCCGCGGCUGCUCGACGAGUUCAGUCCAUCGCAGCUGGCGUUGGCCCUGUCGGAGUUAGGAAAGCUGCGCUGCUCCGAUGCGGACGCGAUGCACAAAAUUGCGAAGCGCCUCUUCAACUUCGCAGAUGAUGUGGGACCGUUAGAGGCCUCGCUCGUGGCGAAGUCGCUGGCCAUGACGCGCGGCACGCCCUACACGACCCUGCGUAGAGCCUUCAGCCUUGCAGAGCAGCGCAUCUCCGAUUUUCAACCCGAGGAUUACACGAACACGCUGGUUGCGUUGCAAAACGCUGGCAGACAGUACACGCGUACCUUUACGAAGCUUGUUGAGGCGGGUCUAGAGCACGUAGAGAACAUGGACGCGACGACGCUGACGGCGUUCUUGGUCACUUUUACGCAGCUGGAGUACACCAAUCGCGAGCACGUGGAGAUUUUCGCCGACGCGUUCGUUGACGUUGCGAACGACCUGGAUGAGAAGACGCUCGUGCAAGCUUUUGUAGCCCUGCAGCGGCUGAACCUACUGCACGAGGAUGUGUUUAGCAGCCUUGUUUCGUGUUUACUACGGUACGCCGCGCUGCUCGAUCCGCGCCACCUCGCACCGGUGAUGGAUGUGUGCAGCAGCGCGGCGCACAACUCCGACGUUCUCAUGAAAAUCUUACUCGACCGAGCCUUCGAGUGCACGCGCUACCUCCACCCUGCAGCGCUGGCGGAGAUUCUGGACAUCGUCGCUCACUACCCGCCUGCUCACACUCACCCUCUCGUCGACGUUUUCGGCCGCCAGGCACAGCUGCGGCUGGAGAUUUUCUCUUCGCUGGAUCUAGCGCGCGCAACACGUGGGCUAGCCCACUUGGGGUACAGAAACCCGGAGUACUACACACAGGCCGCUCAAAAAGGGUUCAUGUACGGAUUUAAAGACUGGUCUUUUUUGGAGCCCAUUCUCAUGGGCAUGAGCUAUUCCGAAGAGGUCCCAAUCCGCACCAUCAAGGUUCUUGCCUCCUUCACCGCGCCCAUGGCGAAGUCCAUGUCGCUGCAGGAGGUGGAGCGGGCAAAUCGCUAUUUUCUACAGAUGAAGUGUGAGGAGGACUUCGUCUACCGCGCCCUGGCGAACCGGGUGAUGCACUUUGUGAAGGAGAUUACGCCGGAUAUGCCGCAGGAGCUGCAGCAGCUCGUGCAACGCGGUGCCGUGAACAGAAUGUCAGAAGUCUAA